AUGUCUAAAAAGAAACCCGCCAAUCUCUCUCAACUCCUCAAACAAGAUAUCCCACAAGAGAAUUCCAAUGCACCAGCCAACGCUCGCCAACAAAUCUCCAAGGAAGACUCUGAAGAGAAGCUUCGUAACUUGAAAUCCCUCAACUCGAAGCUUCUCAAAGAGACCCUUGAGCGCAGACAGCAAAUUGAGUCUUUGGUGCAAGCCAAAGAGGGUUUAGAGACUGAGUUGUCCCGGAGUCGUGCAGAGAAGACAGAUUUGAAAAAUCUGUUGACUCGGACAAGUGAUGACACACUGAGUUUGGAGAUAGAGAUGGGGUUGCUUUUUAUUUUUGUUAAGAAAAGGAUGAAUGAGAUGGGGAUUGUUGUGGAGGGCUUGGUAAAGGAGAAGGUAGAGAAAGAGAAUGUGGGUGCGUUCUUGAAGACUCAAGUGAAUGGACUAAUGGAAAAUCUUGAAAGUGAGAAACAGAAAUUGUUCUGGGCUAGUGAGGAGAGGGAUUUGUUGAAGCUUGAUCUGGAAAACUGGGAGAAGGAAGCAAUUGGCUUGAAAGAGAAAAUAAUUGAAAUGAAGGAGAAGGAAAUAAAGACUGAGGAGGAGAUUAGAAUAUUGAAGACACAAGAUGUAGCUGAGAAGCAAUUGGCAGAGAAAGCAAAAGAGAUUGAAAGUUUAAACUGGGAGGUGGAGAAUAUUGCAAGGAAGAAGAUUGAGAUUGAAAUGGAGAACAGUAAGCAACGGUUUAAGAUUUCUGGCAUGGAGAAAGAAGUUUCUGAAUUGAAUGAUAUUAUAUCUAGUUUGCGCAAGGAGAAGGAGGAUAUUGUGAGGAAGAAGACUGAGAUUGAAAUGGAGAACAGCAGGCAACAGCUUAAGAUUUCUGACAUGGAGAAAGAAGUCUCUGAAUUGAAUGAUAUUAUGUCUAGCUUGCGCAAGGAGAAGGAGGAUAUUGUGAGGAAGAAGACUGAGAUUGAAAAGGAGAACAGCAGGCAACAGUUUAAGAUUACUGAAUUGCAUGAUGUUAUGUCUAGUUUGCGCAAGGAGAAAGAGGAUGUUCUAAGGAAGAAGACUGAGAUUGAAAUGGAGAACAGUAGGCAACAGCUUAAGAUUACUGACUUGGAGAAAGAUGUUUCUGAAUUGAAUGAUAUUAUGUCUAGUUUGCACAAGGAGAAGGAGGAUAUUGUGAGGAAGAAGACUGAGAUUGAAGUGGAGAACAGUGGGCAACAGCUUAAGAUUGCUGACUUGGAGAAAGAUGUUUCUGAAUUGAAUGAGAUUAUGUCUAGUUUGCUCAAGGAGAAGGAGGAUAUUGUAAGGGAGAAGACUGAGAUUGAAAUGGAGAACAGUAAGCAACAGCUUAAGAUUGCUGACUUGGAGAAAGAUGUUUCUGAAUUGAAUGAGAUUAUGUCUAGUUUGCUCAAGGAGAAGGAGGAUAUUGUAAGGGAGAAGACUGAGAUUGAAAUGGAGAACAGUAAGCAACAGUUUAGGAUUGCUGACUUGGAGAAAUAUGUUUCUGAACUGAAUGAUAUUAUAUCUAGUUUACGCAAGGAGAAGAGUGUUUUGAGUGAAAAUUUCUUGGAGUUGGAAAAGAGUUGCCAUGAAGCAAAAGAGAAAGCCAAGCUGAUAGCAAUGGAGUUUGAUGCACUGAUGCAAGAGAAGCAAAAGAAUGACAGAACUAUUGAGAGUUUGAUGGAGGAAACAGAUUCAAGUGACAAGCUGAUAAAGACUUUGAAAUUUGAGAUGAAAGAAAAAGAUGGAUUGAUUGAGAGCUUAAUGAGGGAUAAAGUAGAGACUGAUGAUGUGAAUGUUGCUAAGGAGAGUGCAAUUAUGGAGUUGCAUAAUGAGCUUGCUGGAUUAAGAGGUGCUGUGUCUGCAUUGCAGGAAUCCAUCAAAAACGAAGAAGCCAAGAACAAGCAACUUGCAUCUGAAGUUAGCUAUUACAGAGAUGCUUUUGAGCAAGUGAGACUUGAGAGAGACAAUACCAAGAUUAAUUUGGAUAAGGAGAAAAAGAAAAGCAUUAACAUGAGCUCUAAAGUUCUGGAAAUGCAGAAGAGGAUUCAAGAGAACAUGGAAGAGAAUGAGAAAAUGAAAAAUGAGAAUGAAAGACUUUUCGACGAAAAGAAAGAAAUGGAGUCUCAAGUUGGUUUGUUGAAGAAGGAAAAGAAACUGCUGGCAAAGAAGCAAUAUGAGGCACAACAAGAAAUUGAAGAUUUGAGGACAAAAAUGGAAUCAAUUGGCAGUAACUCAGAAAGAGUGGUGACCAUGUUGAAGAGCACAGCAGCAUCAAUAGGCCAAUCAAAUGGUGGAAAGGAAGAAUUGUCCAUUACUGAAAGGAAGCUUGGCAAUGCAACUGAACCAUAUGUAACAGAGCUGGAAGUUAUAAAAAAAGCAUUUAAACACAAGGAGAGAGUGGUGGGGGAGAUGAGGCAGCGAGUGAAAUUUUUGGAGUCGUCUCUGGCAGAUGCAAAUAAGGAGAAGAGCUUCUGGGCUGCGGUGUCUACAGCAACCACAAUAUUGGCUGCAGUCUCUUUUGCUUCUGGUAGAUUAUAUUGA